AUGAUAUUCUUUUGUAUAAUUAUUGUUUUUGUCGUCUCACGUGAAACACAAUCAACAAUUUUCAACAAAAGUGAUACAUUUUCAUUGUUGAAGUCCAACUCAACUUCUGAACAAAAAGUAUGGAAUAUAAAGCUGGAUAUUUACUUUGCGAAAACCCUUCCCCCUGUGCUACAUAAAGGUCCUGGAGCUGAUGUUCGAUUUAAAUGUGAGGCUAUGAUGAAUUUUACUAAGGUUGAAAGAUUUACUAAAAAUAAGGAAGGUGUAGAAACAUCUUUAAAAGAAUUUCCACCGGAUCAUAUUCAAGAAGCUUUAAUGAAAAAUGUAAAAGUUUACUGGCUAAAGGAUAGUAAAAUAUUAGUAGAUUCUGCUAGGAUGAAAGUUUUAACAAAAAUUGACAAAACUAAUGGCACCAUUGCCACUAACCUUAAAAUUAAAAAAUUAAGUAUUUCUGAUACUGGAAAUUAUACAUGUGUUAUCAAACAAAAUUAUGAAAAAAGACUCUCAUCUAGGCUGAUUGUUGAAAAAGAUAUGCAAUUUGAAACUUUUGAAAUGCCAACAUAUACAUCUAUACUCCCAAAUGUUAUUAAUGAUAAAGAAAUUGUGAUGAAUAUUAAAACUACACCUGAUUUAGUUUCUGAAGGUAUGACAUCUGAAUUUGAUAAAAAUAUAAAUCAUACUGCUAUACCCCAAAAGUUGGAAGCAAUAUGCCAGGAGUAUGUGGGUAAAGUUUGUAGUUCUCACCUAAAAGGCCACUUUGUUUAUAUACCUUAUGAUACAUCACAAAUUGCCCUUGAAGAUAAAUUGAUGAAAGCUUUUCAAGUAACUAAAUAUUCAAAUGAUAUCAGUUCUAACUGUGAACGCUAUGCACUUCCAAGCUUAUGUUAUUCCACAUUUCCUAUUUGUAGGCAUCCAAUAUUAACUAAUGAAAACUUUUUCAAAGAAGCUAAAGUUAUAUACAGUAAUUUGCUGGAUAAAGAUCAGCUUAAUGAAAAUAGUGAUGGAAAAGUUUUACCUAAAUUGGUCUUGGAAAACAAUAGUAUAAUAGUCCCUUUUAAAUUAAAUAAAAAUUUAACUGGUGAUUUAUUUAAUUAUCGUUAUAAUUCAACAGUAUUAAAACGUGUAUGUAAACAAGACUGUGAAAUACUUGAAAAUGAACUCUGCCAAAAAGAAUAUGCUAUAGCUAAAAGACAUCCUCAUAUUGGUCAACAAUUAACUCUUGAAGAAUGUCAAGAUCUGCCAGAAGUUGAUCCAGAUUGUCUUAAGAUUGGUAUUGGAAGUUUAAUGGUGUCAGAUGAUGAAUGCUACUGGGAGAAUGGGAGUGGGUAUUUGGGCAAAGUAAGUGUGGCUAGUAAUGGCAUACCAUGCAUAGAGUGGUCCAAACAACUCUAUGUUAAAUUAUCUGAAUAUCCAGAGCUAACUGGCAGACAUAGUUAUUGUAGAAAUCCUGGUGGUGUUAAAACACAACCAUGGUGUUUUAUUGAUAAUGAUGGAAAAUCUAAAGAGCAACUAUGUGACAUUCCUAAAUGUGCUCAUAAAAUUUGGAUUUACAUAGUUGUUAUUUUUCUUUUGUUUUCAUUGGUCAUUGUUGCUUUUGUAAUAUGCCUCUUUUAUAGACAUAAAAAUAAAGGAAAUGCUGCUACCAUAAGGGACAUAAAUCUUCCUAAUGCUGAUAAAAAUAUUUAUGGAAAUUCUAGAUUGAAUUCACCCAUAGAAAUGAAUGAAUUAUUAACUAAUCAAAACAGUGGUAGCCAACCACAUUUGACCAGUACAUCACGUGGUAAUGGUAUUUUGCGAAUACCACAAUACUCAUUAUCACAAAUAAAAUUUUUAGAAGAGUUGGGAGAAGGAGCAUUUGGAAAAGUAUAUAAAGGAGCUUUAAAAAAAAAUGGUGAAACUCAAUAUGUUGCUGUAAAAGCUCUGAAAGAAAAUGCAUCUGCUAAAACAAAAGCAGACUUUCGUAGGGAAAUAGACUUAAUAUCAGAAUUAACACAUGAAAAUAUAGUCUGUAUAGUAGGAGUAGCUUUAAGAGAGGAACCAUUGUGCAUGCUGUUUGAAUUCAUGGCUCGAGGAGAUCUACAUGAGUUCCUGAUGGGACGGGCACCUCCCUCUGGUAAAGGAUUACCUUCAAUGCGAUUGCUCAACAUAGCUUACAACAUUGCUUCAGGAAUGCAGUAUCUUGCUUCACAUCACUAUGUUCAUAGAGAUUUGGCUGCAAGAAACUGCCUUGUCUCAGAUGAUUUUAUUGUAAAAAUAUCUGACUUUGGACUUUCUAGAGAUAUUUAUAGUUCAGAUUAUUACAGAGUGCAAUCUAAAAGCCUUUUACCAGUAAGAUGGAUGCCACCAGAAUCAAUACUCUAUGGUAAAUUCACAACUGAAAGCGACAUCUGGUCCUAUGGAGUUGUAUUGUGGGAAAUUUAUAGCUAUGGAUUGCAACCAUAUUAUGGGUACAGUAAUCAAGAAGUGAUAUCAAUGGUGCGCGGCGGCGAGCUGCUGGCGGCGCCGGCGGGCUGCCCCGCGCACAUGUAUGCGCUCAUGAAGGAGUGCUGGAGGCACACUCCCCAACGGAGGCCCAACUUUGAAGAAAUUGUUAACAGGAUACAAGAGUGGAUACACAUGGGCGGUUGUCCAGAAACAGCAGCACCUGAAUCCGGAAGCAGUUGCGGGCAUCGCCCCACCACGUCUGGCAAGGAGCAGCAAGAGAGAGUCCCGCUACUCCCUCCCCAUUGCUCCUCUUCAAACGGCUCCCUCGCCACCAGCAGCUUGAAGAAGUUUAGCACUGCCGGGUCUAGUUCAAAAAUAUUGGACGAUAAUUUCUCCACCUGUAGCGAAGUACCCCCCCUAGCACCCAAAACCAAGAAAUACAGCUCCGGUUCUCUCAUAGACACUGACAAAAUUGGCACCAAGGAAACCAUUGUAAGAAUACCCAACCAACAUUAUGGCAAUGAAAUC